UGACUGAACCAGGACAACCAUGACGUGCUGUGAGGGCUGGACGUCCUGUAACGGCUUCAGCCUGCUGAUUCUGAUCAUUCUAGGAGUAGUCAUCAAUUGUAUACCUCUGGGUAUCAGCUUAGUGGAGGGAGAUUCGGCUUCUCAAAACCCCAUCUCUUGCUAUGAGUGGUGGUUACCAGGAAUCAUAGGAGCCGGUGCGCUGGCCAUCCCAGCAACAACGAUGUCCUUGGCAUCCAGAAAAAGAGCGUGCUGCAAUAACAAGACAGGGAUGUUUCUUUCAUCGCUCUUAAGUGUAAUCACAAUCAUUGGUGCGGUGUAUUGCAUGUUGGUAUCACUCCAGGCUCUCUCGCAAGGUCCUCUCAUUUGUAGCUCUCCAGCCAACAGCACCGUCUCUUGUGAAUUCUCAUUGAAAAACUUAAGUGACUUCCAUCCUGAAUCCUUCAGUCUGCAAUGGUUCUUCCAAGACUCUUGUGUUUCUCCUACUGGUUUAAAAAACUCCAGCAACAGUGACAUCAUCAAUAACUGGAGCGUACCCAACUCUAACUCUGAAGAAGACAGACACAGGAUUUUCCACUUCUCAGUAUUUCUCAGUCUCCUGCUUGUUGGAAUCCUUGAGCUCCUGUUCGGGCUCAGUCAGAUACUCAUUGGUUUCCUUGGCUGUCUGUGUGGUGGUGUCUCUAGAAGAAGGAGUCAAAUUGUGUAGCUUAAAGGGUAAUAAACUAGAAUAUCAGUACUUUGAAUAAUUUGAAAAUUGCAUUUAAAAUAUAUGCUUUUAUAAGUUCAAUGACGAAGCAUCAUCUGGAACACCGUGUCAUUUCAGUGCAAUAGUUGUUUUUGAAAUCGUCUUUGAAGCAACUUUACAAAACAACCAACCUAUCAAACUGGACCAGAGUGGCACAUGCCUUUAAUCCCAGUACUCAGAGGCAGAGUCAGGCAAAUCUGAGUUCGAGGCCAGCCUGGUCUACAGAGCAAGUUCCAGGACAGUUAGGACUACAUAGAGAAACUCUGUGUCAUGGGCAGUUGGCAGUUGUGAGCUGCCCCUAGUGGGUGUUGAUAACUAAAAACAAAGUCAAAACCAUUAAAACAAACAAAUCAACCUUUCACAUAUAAAGCAUAUUGUACAUGCUUUAUGGAAAAAAAGUCAUCAGUGGUUGGUAUUGGUGAGAAGACAGCCAAGCUUUUUUGUUUUUUCCCUGUGAGUUGAAAAAACUUCUUAGAUCUGAUAAUACUUUGAUGGUUAUAGAAGUAGGUAUCUUAGUCUUAAGAAAUAUAUAUUUAUAUGUUUAGGGAGGAAGGCCAUGUUUUUAAAAUACUUUACCCCCAAACCUGAAGCUGACAGAAAAAAUGCUGUAUUUAGCUGAUAGGCACAUGGCAAUUCAUUCUACUCUGCUUUCUUUUGUUUGUAUCUUUUCAUGAUUUAUGAUAAU